GGUGACAGGGCGGCCGCGGCUGCUGCUGAGGCGACGAUGGCGGAGGGGCCGGAGGAAGCCCGGGGCCUCCCUCCCGGACAGGACGACGGCCGAAGGGACGCCCCGCCCGUCCCCUCCCUGAGGGGCGCGCCCGCCGCCGCCCCGCGCCCCCGGGACGGGCCGCCGAGCGAACCCCAGGCCCCGGGCCGGCCCCCCGCCCCGGGCCUCGCGGCGGCCGAGGACUCGGACUCGGCGCCGCCGCGCGAGGCGGGGCGGCGCGGGGAGGCGGGCGCGGGGCCGCAGGAGCCGGCGGCGCGCGAGGGCCCCGAGGCGCCGCGGGAGCGGCCGGCGCGCCUGAGCGCCCGCGAGUACUCCCGCCAGGUGCACGAGUGGCUGUGGCAGUCCUACUGCGGCUACCUCACCUGGCACAGCGGCCUGGCCGCGCUCCCCGCCUACUGCGGCGCGCCGCCCGCGCCCGGCCCCGCCGCGCCCCCGCCCGCCGCGCCGCCCCCCGCGCUGGCCUACUACAGCCCCUUCUACUUCCUCAGCGCCGCGGCCGCCGCGCCCGGCCGGGGCGCCCCCGGCCCCGCUGCCGUCGCGGGCCAGGCCCCCCGGGCGCCCCACGCGCAGGGCUCCGGCCGCGCCGCCCCGGGGUCCCGCGCGGCCGCCGCCGCCCCUUCGCGAACCCCGAGCGAGACCGGGCGCCAGGCAGGCCGAGAGUAUGUUAUUCCAUCCUUGGCGCAUAGAUUUAUGGCAGAGAUGGUGGAUUUCUUUAUUCUCUUCUUUAUAAAAGCAACCAUUGUCUUAAGUAUUAUGCACCUCAGUGGAAUAAAGGAUAUCUCUAAAUUUGCUAUGCAUUAUAUAAUAGAAGAAAUAGAUGAAGACACAUCAAUGGAAGACUUGCAGAAAAUGAUGGUUGUGGCUCUUAUAUACAGAUUACUAGUUUGUUUCUAUGAGAUAAUUUGCAUUUGGGGAGCUGGUGGAGCCACCCCAGGGAAGUUCCUGCUAGGGCUUCGAGUUGUGACAUGUGAUACAUCAGUGCUGAUUGCACCAAGUCGGGUUUUAGUGAUUCCUUCUUCAAAUGUUAGCAUUACAACAUCCACUAUACGAGCUUUGAUCAAGAACUUUUCUAUUGCUUCUUUUUUCCCUGCUUUCAUCACACUGCUGUUUUUUCAGCAUAAUCGAACAGCGUAUGACAUUGUAGCAGGAACCAUCGUGGUAAAAAGGAAUGGGGUCAGAUGAUGCCCGAAAACGCCCUGAAUUCCAUACUCUAUGGAAUACUGAGAAGACUCAAUUAUGUAUCAAGGCCAUCAGUAUCCCCGGGCAACAUUGAUGAUUUAGAAAUUAAAGCAGUCACUACAGUGUGAUCCAGGUGACUAUUCUGAAAGUAUUGAUUUUACUUGAAUGCCAAAGAACUUUUCCAGAAGAAAAAUCUGUUAAAUUCAAGUAUUAAAAUUUUUAGAUCGAAAAG